GCCACUGCGCGGGCGACCAGAUCAGCAGGGCUAGAAGCGAGGCUUGCGGAGCAUGGAGCCCGGCCCACGCCGGGGUCUGCGAUCCAGCCAGCCCGCGAAGGUGUCCAAGGUGGGAUGAGUGGAUCCCCUGGACCAGGCGGCUCGAGAGGAUGCGUGGCUCCGUGGGUGGAACGAGAAAGGACCUGGGUCAGAGAGGAGACUCCCGGGCCUGGAACGCUGCGAGCAUCUAAAAGUAUGGUCGCGGGCACCCCCCCAGCUUUGUGGAAGGACCUGUUAUGUGUGCCCCUGUCCUGCUGGGGAGUGGAUGGUACCCAGGACCCAGCCAGAGACCAGCUGAAGACAUUCUCCUUGCAAGCUCUCACCCCAGGAGGUCCCGUCUCGGGUGGUGGGCCUACCAUGGCAUUCCGGAGGACUGAGGGUAUGUCCAUGAUCCAGGCUCUGGCCAUGACUGUGGCUGAGAUUCCAGUGUUCCUGUACACGACUUUUGGUCAGUCCGCGUUCUCCCAGCUGCGGUUGACACCAGGCCUGAGGAAGGUCCUUUUUGCCACAGCCCUUGGGACUGUGGCCUUGGCCCUGGCUGCCCACCAGCUGAAAAGGCGCCGGCGGAAGAAGAAGCAGGUGGGCCCUGAGAUGGGAGUUGAGCAGCUGGGCACGGUACCCAUGCCCAUCCUCAUGGCCCGCAAGGUUCCUUCGGUGAAGAAAGGCUGCUCCAGCAGGAGGGUUCAGAGCCCCAGCAGCAAGAGCAACGACACUCUUAGUGGCAUCUCCUCCAUCGAGCCCAGCAAGCACUCAGGCUCCUCCCACAGCUUGGCCUCGAUGGUAGUGGUCAAUUCAUCCAGCCCUACAGCUGCGUGCUCAGGUUCAUGGGAAGCCAGAGGGAUGGAAGAGUCUGUGCCCACCACUGAUGGCAGUGCCGAGAGCCUCUAUGUGCAAGGCAUGGAGCUGUUUGAGGAAGCCCUGCAGAAAUGGGAGCAGGCACUGAGUGUGGGCCAGAGAGGGGAUGGAGGCAGCACCCCCACACCAGGCGACAGCCUCCAGAACCCAGACACUGCGUCAGAAGCACUGUCAGAGCCAGAGUCCCAACGAAGGGAGUUUGCUGAGAAGCUGGAGUCCCUGCUGCACCGGGCCUACCACCUGCAGGAAGAGUUCGGCUCCACCUUCCCCUCCGACAGCAUGCUGCUGGAUCUUGAGAGGACCCUAAUGCUGCCACUGACUGAGGGCUCACUGCGUCUGCGAGCUGACGAUGAAGACAGCCUGACUUCUGAAGACUCCUUUUUCUCAGCCACUGAGAUCUUUGAGUCCCUGCAGAUCGGCGAGUACCCGCUUCCUCUCUCCAGGCCUGCUGCUGCCUACGAGGAGGCUCUGCAGCUGGUGAAGGAAGGAAGAGUCCCUUGCCGAACACUCAGGACAGAGCUGCUGGGCUGCUACAGUGACCAGGACUUCCUAGCCAAGCUGCAUUGUGUACGGCAGGCCUUUGAGGGGCUUCUAGAAGAAAGAAGCAACCAGGUCUUCUUUGGGGAGGUCGGCCGGCAGAUGGUGACGGGCCUGAUGACCAAGGCUGAGAAGAGUCCCAAAGGCUUCCUGGAGAGCUAUGAGGAGAUGCUGAGCUACGCCCUGCGGCCUGAGACCUGGGCUACCACCCGGCUGGAGCUGGAGGGCAGAGGGGUGGCCUGCAUGAGCUUCUUCGACAUCGUGCUGGACUUCAUCCUCAUGGAUGCUUUUGAGGACCUAGAGAACCCUCCGUCUUCGGUGCUUGCUGUCCUGCGGAACCGCUGGCUGUCUGACAGCUUCAAAGAAACAGCCCUAGCCACCGCGUGCUGGUCUGUCCUGAAAGCCAAGAGGAGGCUCCUGAUGGUGCCUGAUGGCUUCAUCUCCCAUUUCUACUCCGUAUCGGAGCAUGUUAGCCCUGUGUUGGCCUUUGGCUUCCUCGGACCCAAGCCCCAGCUCUCGGAAGUCUGUGCUUUCUUCAAGCACCAGAUUGUGCAAUACCUGAGGGACAUGUUCGACCUGGACAACGUGCGCUACACAUCUGUGCCAGCCCUAGCAGAAGACAUCCUACAGCUGUCCCGGCGUCGCAGCGAGAUUCUAUUGGGCUACCUGGGGGCACCUGUGGCUAGUAGCAUCGGGCUGAAUGGGCCACUGCCUCGAGAAAAUGGGCCCCUGGAAGAGCUGCAGUAACAGGGGAUGGGCUGGAGGGGAGAGGUGGCUGUUUGGGCCUCAGACACAGGGUGACAGGAGAGAGAAAGCCGCCACUCCCUUCCUUUGGGUUGGUAUCCAAGGGCCAUGGUGGCCAAGGGCCAUUGCCCCUGAGCUUGCUCCACUUCCUCAUCUGGGAAUUCCCAACACCCAGAGGACAAAUUUCCAUGGAGAGGAACCACUAGGAGCACUGAUAGCAGCUGCCCUUGAGGUUCCCUGAGCAGCAGAGGCAGGCCAGAGUCUGCAGGGACUGGCCAGGGGCAGGUAGCAAGAGAGAAAGGUGUGGGAGCAAAUGGCUCUUGAGUAUGGACCACAGAACCCUAGUCCCCCCCUGCUGCUGACAGAGGGCAAGGGAUAGUUGAGGGAUAGAACAUGCAGGGCUAGGUGGUGACAGUCACAGGGUCCUGCAAUAGCAGCCACCUAUAGCUACAUAAGUCCCAGCACCUAGGCUUCUGGCCAGUAUGGAAAGCCAUGUCUGGACCAUCCAGAGGUGGGCUGCCUCACAUCUGAGCAGGUACUCACCCUUCACAAACCCUUGGCUCUGUUCUCCACAUUCCCACGCCCUGCCAAAGACUCAGUUUUUAUCCCCUCUGUCGCCAAAGAUGGAGGAGGCAGGGCUGGCCGCUUCCUGCUCUCUGGUGAGCCCGGAGCUCCAGUUAGAGCUCACAGAAGCCCAUCUCUUGUGUAGCCAUCUACUGCUCCAAAAGUGAGCCAGGGUGGGCAUAGGCUGCACAGCGGGUAGCUCCCCCUUCCCCUUUCUGACAGGAAGCUGGACUCAGCACUUUGCCUUCAACUCCAUGCACACGUGCUUUGGGGCUGCCACCACCCACGUCCUGCAGACAGUUGGCAUUUGUCAUGGCAGCUGCAGUAGUCCUGGCAGCCCUCCUUUUGCCUGAGCUGGGAAGUUUUUAUUUAUUGCCUUAAUACUUUAUUUGGCUGUUCCAUCCCUUCCAGGUUGUGAAAAGACUCCUGGUCUGGAGUUGAGCACUGGCUCCUGGAACCAAGUUCCUCUCCCUGGAAGGGAAAAGGGUUCCCCAGGGUCAGCAGGAUGCAGUGAAGAGAGGGCAGCCAUGGCUCUGGGUCCUCUCUGAGGCUUGUGCUCAGAAGGGAGCAGCCUUCAUGCACUGUCUUGACAUUCCAUUCAUUUGCACUUACCCUGAGCUGUGAAUGUGACCCUGGGCCAAGGCCCGCUCUGAUCUGCCCCUGACCCAUACAGCUGUGGUAUUUUCAUUUUGUCCUGUUCGUGUGUCUAUGCCCCGCCCUCUAGCACUCAACCAGCAGUGGUAGAGUAUGUGUAAGGCCUGUGAGUCAGAUAAAGGAUCGAAGCGAC